GUCACGUUUCACACAUAUCCUCACUAUCAUCAUCAUCAUGGAGUCCACACGAGAGCAGUACAUCCUUCCGGAUACACCACCUCAACAAGAACCAUCAUUCCCAUCUUACUGGGCAGUGCAAGCUGCGCGGAAGAAGAAGAUUCCUUCUACCAGCGCUGCACCCCCUGCUGCUGCUGCUGCUGUCGCAUCUGACCCCGAGGACUCGCCCCUGAAGAGACGUGGAGUCUUCGUGGAGAGGAGGAUGAGCGGCGAUGAGCUCAUUAUACCAGACACACCACCAUCAUCUCAUCUAGGAUGGGCGCCGAAGCGAGUGCCGCUAACAACAAUUACCAGCAACAGACAGCAGGGGAAGAGAAAACUGCAAUUUCUCGAGGAUGAGGACGAAACCAACUUCGUACCCCCAAAGAAACAUAUGUCUGAGAACACCUCCAUGGCUCCGCUACUGGAGGAGGCAUCCGCACGGGAUGAUGAUGAUGAUGAGGACUUCAUCACACUAAUCAAUAAACCAACACCAAAACCGUGGGUACCUCUCCGUGAGCUGGCGGAGGAUGUUCCACAUGGUAUAAUCGCAGUACGGGAGGAAACGAACCAUCACGGUAGAAGAAUUAUUUUAAAAAUUAAUAUUGCAUCUACGAAGAAAAUCUCUGAGGUAUACCUGCCUCAGAGAUUUUCUUCAAUAAUUUCACCUGCUAAAGUUGUAAAAUUCAAUUCUAACUGUAAAAAUUUAGGAAUAGUAGUGAAGCAUAUAACCGCUACAUGGAGCGAUAUUAAGAUUGUUAAAAUUUAACAAUCUUAUUCUCAUAGCAUGUAGUGGUUAUAUGUUUCACAAGUAGUAUAUAAUGUAAAUAUUGUAGUGUUUGAUAAUAAAUUGUAAUAUUGUUUUUAAAAAAUUGUUCUUAAUUCUCACCUGUUUGUUGUGUCAAAGAAGAAGAAGAAGAUGUAGAAUAGUUCACGCAAGAAUAGAUCCACUUGUAACUGAACACUCAAUGAAUGUAGAAUAGUACAGUCAAUGAGUGUUCGCUCACAAGAGAAGCUAUUUUAUAGUUGCUGCUGCUGCGCACACGCGCAUGCCACUCUUGACCUUGUUGCGAGAUUCUCCUCCUCCUUCUGUUUGCGCUAUACACUCACUAUAGGUAUAACAAUCUAUUUUUAUCAGUAUGCUUACAACACUUGAAUGGAGAAGUUGUACAAUGAAGAUAAUCGUAUGGAGAGUUUUAUUUGUUCUUCUCUUUAUAAUAUGUUGUGUGAAUAUGCUAUUACUUUUCCAUAUUGCUUUGAAAAAAUAUGAUUCAAUGCAAAAUGAUAGUAAGAGAAUAUUGGAAUCUAUACAAAAUG